AUGACUUCCUCCUACCAAUAUCAGUCAUUAAGCUCGCCAACUACGGAGAUUCGCCUACUCGACCUACUCCCCGGCCGCGGAACCAUUGAGUGCCGACUGAGGAUCACCGACCUAGCGCUGGCAAAAGACACUUACGAACCGAUUUCGUACUGCUGGAAGUCUUACAGCCGCAAAGGUUGGCCAAUAUGCACAUAUAGAGAGAAGAAGGAGGUGAAGAAUUAUAUACUGGUGCGAGUUGAUGGUUUCGGCUUCCACAUCACCAAAAGCCUUGCCGCAGCUCUCCGACAGAUGAGGCUGACGAGUGAAGUCAGAGUGCUUUGGGCUGACGCGAUCUGCAUCAACCAGGCAGACGAUGUAGAAAAAAGCGCACAGGUGGCCAUGAUGGGCACAAUAUUCCAGAGUGGCAAGCAGACCCUCGCCUGGCUCGGCGAUGCAGACUGCUGGACUGGAAGGGCAUUCAGGGCCUUGAAGAUACAUCUGGGCCAGAUACCAGAACAUUCUAACUCAACUGGGCUCUACCAAGACUCGGGAGAUGAGUCACAAUACCGUCUAGGGGAUCCAGGAGCGGAAUUACUUCACUCAGGGUAUCUGCGGCGCGCCAGGGAGCUCUGUCAAGAUAUUCUCUCAUUCCUAUCCUUCCGCUCUAUCCUCCAACGGCCUUAUUUCGAGCGCGCUUGGAUUGUCCAAGAAAUCGUUCUGUCUGAAAACGUGCUGGUUAUGUGUGGAAAACACAGGAUCACCGGGGACGAGCUGUACAACGGGCUCCUCGGAUAUAAACAUAGGAGGGCUAUUCCUAAUCGAGCAGCAUUGAUUGGUAAUAGCAUUGAGGAUCUAUGGGAUAACCUAGGGCGAUAUUGCUUGGACGAGAUCAUCAACAAGCUCUUGCACACAAAAGCUUCUGACCCAAGAGACAAGCUAUACAGUGCUUUAGGGCUCCACCAGAAUUGUCCUGAAUGCGGGCUCAUGGUCGUCGAUUACAGCAAAGAUGUCGACGAAGUCUUCCUGGAAGCCACCAAGCUCCUGCUAUCGCGAAGCCCCUUUUUGAACCUUUUAUCAAUGAGCUACUGCACAAGUCGGCCAGACGGAGCGCGGAAAGUCCGUUUUGCGCUACCCAAGGCUGGCAUUCUCAACCUCAAUUCCAAGGUCGACGGCUUGGAUUACUUGGGUAUGUCUUCGAUAAGGUGA